UUAAACGUCAGCCUGCUUUAUAAACAACAGCCAAGCGGUUUGGAAAGCACAGCGAAACGCGAACAAGUUAGGAAGUCCGGUGAUUGCUGAUCGGGCGGCACUCUCACCCACUUCGGCCGGCCUGAGCGCGAAGGCGGCGGGCGCCGAGCAACAGCAGCUUCGUCGACGGAAGUCAACAGGAAAAGGAAAAAGAAACACAACUCGGAGAAGUUCGUCGAGCCGCCUUCAAAUCUCGGCGAACGCAAAGAGCCGCCUGACGCCCCGCGGCUUCGCUUCACUUUCCCCGAGUUGAACGGGCGGGGGUGUGCAGAAUGGCGAACAGCGCCGACCCGACGAGGCCCCGCGUGUGCCGCCUGCAGAAAGGCGCCGACGGCUACGGCUUUCACCUGCACGGGGAGAAGAACAAGACGGGCCAAUUCAUCCGGCUGGUGGAGCCCGACUCCCCCGCCGAGCUGUCCGGGCUGCGCGCCGGAGACCGCCUGGUGUCGGUGAACGGGGAGAACGUGGAGAGCGAGAGCCACCAACAGGUGGUGGCCCGGAUCCGCGCCCAGGCAGCCGAGCUACAGCUGCUCGUGGUGGACCGCGACACGGACGAGUUGCUCCAGAAGCGCGGCCUCAAGUGCCUGGAGGAGUACGCGGUGUCCGGCAUCCCCGAACCGGACCGGCUGCCCGCCGCGGCCGACGACGACCAGGCAGAGGAGGACCCGGCUGUCGUGCUGAAGAACGGGGAAGAGACGCCCGAGGCGGAGAGCCCAACUAACAGCGGCACGGACAAGGAUUCCACAGAGGAGCAUCGCCCGCGCCUGUGCCACAUCAGGAAAGGCUCGACUGGCUACGGGUUCAACCUGCACAGUGAGAAGUCGAAGCCCGGGCAGUUCAUCCGAGCCGUGGACGCGGACUCCCCUGCCGAGAAGUCGGGCCUGCGCCCUCAGGACAGAAUCAUUGCGGUGAAUGGCAUGUCGGUAGAAGGGAAGCAGCACUCGGACGUGGUGACCGCCAUCAAGGCCGGUGGCAGUGAGACCAGCCUGCUUGUCGUGGACCCCGACACUGACGACUUCUUCAAGAGGUGUAAAGUGACCCCCACGGAGACCCACCUGGCAGGUCCCUUACCAGAGCCGGCUGUCAAUGGAGAAGCGGAAGAGAAGGUAAAUGGAAAGGAGGCCAAGGAGGACGAGUCCAAGAAGUCCGUGAGCCCGACGCCAUCCAACGCCUCGUCCAACACCUCGCUGACCACCGAGACGCCAGCUAACGAGGUAAGAGUUCGUUCCCAGAGUGCCCGGCUUGGUGCCCCCGCAGCCCUCCUGACUUUCUCUCUCCUUUCUCCCUUCCAGGAGCCCACUGAGUCGGUGCCCGUCGACGAGUCGUUAAUGACGCUCAACAUCUCCCUGCAGCAGGCCAAGGAGCGCGCCCACCAGAAGAGGUCCAGCAAGAGGGCGCCCCCUAUGGACUGGAGCAAGAAAAACGAACUGUUCAGCAACCUGUGAGCCCCGCGGCUCCUCCUCCUCCUCUUCCUCCUCCUCUCCCUCCUUUUGAUUUUACUUUCCAAUUGCGAUUUGACUUUUGUAAAGGCGCCAUUUUUACACAAUGAAGUUGAGAGGACCAGCGUGACGGCGCGCGCGUGCGUGUGUGUGUGUGUGCGUGUAUGUGCGUGAGUCCGAGCGAGUGAGUGCGCGCGCGUGCGUGUGUGUGUGUGCGCGUGAGUGAGUGCGCGCGCACGUGUGUGUGUGUGUGUGUGUGAGAGCGGGUGCGUGCGCUUGUGAGCGAUCACACGGCUCGGCUUGAACCCGGGCCAUUUUCCGGCUCUCAUUGUCUUGUCACCUCGCUCUCUGAUGGCCGUGGCCGAAGUUGUCUGCUCGGUCACCCGUUGGCACUGCUGUCUGUCACCAUGAUGAUGAUGUAGGCACCCCGUUUUGGCCUGGCGCCCUACCCAAUUAACAUGGGCGUAAUGCUUUGAUGUGGGUAGCACGUGGUCCUCGGGUUCAAGUCAAGCCUGUGUGUGUGUGUGUGUGCGCGCCAGCCAUCAGUCACCACGACUCGCUCUACAGUCCCCACCAGGAUGUUGGAACUGGACGUGAGUGCCACCUGGUGUGCAGGGAGUGCCAGGGCCAAACCUCUUACAGCCCAUGGCAGUGGGCAGAGUGCCAGCCUGGCAUCACUUCUGUGGCACUGUCCCACCUCGUGUGGCUGCCCAAGGCUCACCAUGGACAAGGUGCACUGCUUAGCUGGCCACGAGCCCUGCCCAUGUAGACUGGCACCGGGUGGGCCGUUUAGUUGGUGUCUGUUCAGGGUUUGCUGAAUUGUGACAAAUGAAAAUCAGAUGAUAUAACAAUGAAAGAAAUCAAUAAACGAGUAUCGACCUGCA